GGAAAUGGCUUCGAUGUCGACGGCGCCCGCGGCCGCUGAGCAGCAACGCGGCGUCCAGCCGGGGGCGGCUGCGACGCUCUGUCGCGCGACCGUAAAUCUCGAGCAUCUGCGUUCGACGCGGCCGCGGCGGUCGCAUAAUGAAGCAAUCUGGCUGAGCGAUCGCCGCUCCCAGCUGCAGCCGAGGGCCCUGCUGCCUCCGCGCCGCGCCGGGCCGCUACAUAAAGCCACGGGACUCCGCCGGGACUCGCUACACGGCCCUCCGCUCUCGACCCGCUCGCCCGUCCGCUCCGACGCAGCUGCGGCCACACCGCCGGAAGGCACCAAGCGACCGACCGACAGAGACAGCGACAUGGCGAAGACCUCCGAGCGCGCAGCGGCUGCCUGGUGCGUGCGCCUGCUGUGCGUGUUGUUGGUGCUGGCGGCGCUGCUGGAGGCGGCGGCAGCCAGGGGCUCCUUCCAGAAAAUCCCCUUCAACGGCAGCAUGUUCGGGAAGAGAGCGGCCGCCACCGCUGGGCCAUGCGCUGUCUGCAAUGUGCGAGGCUGCGGCGGCGGCUUGCACCGCGUGGACCCAGCCCGACAAAUGAAGCUCGGCCCCGCCCCCGCCCCCGUCACCGGUCGCCGCCUCCGCCUCCGGUCCGUGCCGCUCCGCUCCGUCGCCGCGCCGUCUCGUCGCUGCGCCGCCCCCACCGUUGCGCGCCGCGCUACUGCACGCGCUGCGUUGUUUGUUUUUUUUCAGCUCCGAAAAUAA